AUGAAGAUGAAGAAGAAGAAGAAGAAGAAAAAGAAGAAGAAGAAAAGAAGAAGAAGAAGAAGGAGGAGAAGAAGAAGAAGAAGAAGGAGACGGAGGAGAAGGAGAGAGAAGGAGAAGAAGAAGAAGAAGGAGAAGAAGAAGGAGACGGAGGAGAAGGAGAGAGAAGGAGAAGAAGAAGAAGAAGGAGAAGAGAAGAAGAAGAAGAAGGAGUCGGAGGAGAAGGAGAGAGAAGGAGAAGAAGAAGGAGAAGAAGGAGACGGAGAAGGAGAAGAAGGAGAAGAAGAAGGAGACUGA